GAACUUAGUUGAACAUUGAGGAAAGGAGCUUCCCCCGCCUCCUCUCCGCCCAUGAAACCUCAAAUCCGCCUGUUUCCUGUUUCUGUGAGAAAAAACACAUAAAGCUGCAAGUAAGUUUCAAAUGGAAGCGAGCGUGCAGAUAGAGAUAUCCGCUCUGCCUGCACCUAACUUGCUUCACCUCAAAAACGAACGGGCGUGGACAAUGAAGUCCCCUCUCCACAGAGUCCUGGUGUUGCAUCUGAUGGGAAUCUUCACAGGAGACAAUCAGGUAUGAAAAGGCACCUUGGAGGGUGGAGGAGGGGGCAAAGGUGGGCUUCAGUCCAGAAUUCAAUCUUAAAUCUGGAGUUUAAAACUUUCAAAAAUAGAGUAGAAACAGAUUAAAGGACACUCCUUUUUUGGAGGUUUUAUAGCAGAGGGUGGAUGGCCAUCUGUCAGGCAUGCUGCAUAACCUUGACCUGUGAUAAGAGCCUCUAUCGCAAAGUCUCACCUUCCCAGCCUCUUCGCAUGCUAAGCUGCUUACCCAUCUUGUUCUUUUCUGCUUGAGGUCUCCCCUAACUGCAGCCCAAGACAAGACCGUUUUUCAGGCAACGAGCUAAGACUUGACAUGGCCCUGGAUUCCUUCGAUGACCAAUACAUGCGCUGUGAGAUGGAGAAGGAGAUUGCACGGCUAAACCAAACCGAGUUCCUCAAAAAUAAAAUUUAUGCCAAAGCCUGGGGAGAAGCAGUCAGCUUGAUGUAUUAUAGCAAAUGGCCUGGAAACCUCAAGCCAGAGUACGCUGCAGCAAUCAUGGCUUAUACCCGUGAAGAACCCAAGUUGUAUCCUGAUUUCAACGCAGCUGUAAGAAAAGCUGGGAAAUCCAAGGAAUAUUACCUGAAUAAUUUCAACUUCAAGACCUUCCACUUUCUCCUGACCAGAGCCCUUCAGGACCUGAGGACCUCCAACACCCCCAGCCCCCCCUGCUACGAGGUGUUUCGAGGGGUCAGAAAUAUCCACUUCAGCACUACUGUUGAUGAUACGGUCCGUUUUGGGCAAUUCGCAUCCUCAUCACGGCAAGAGGGGACUGCCCAAUGUUUCACUGAAGUUGGACAGCCUGUGGCCAAAACCAUCUUUGAGAUUUACACUUGUCAUGGGGUUCUCAUCAGAGAAUUUUCUUCCUUCCCCAAUGAGGACGAGGUUCUGAUCCCACCUUAUGAGCAGUUCAGGGUUGUAAGUUCCAGAAAGGAUGUGGAUGGUACAACCCGCAUACAGCUCCGCUCUGCUGGGAAAUUCAGCAAAUACAACUGUGCAUAUGCAAGUGGUAAGAACCCAAGCAAUUACUCCUGGGAUCAGAGAAUAGCCAAGUUUCUUUCUUUCCUUCCUUCCUUCCUUCCUUCCUUCCUUCCUUCCUUCCUUCCAAGAAUGGAAGAGGGAUAACUGUCAUUAGUCAUAGAGUAGACCUAUUGAUAUCAGUAGAUUUAAGUCAAUUUAUUUCAUUGCUCCCACUCUGGAUAUGUCUGAUGUUGGAUGUCAACCCCUAAUAUAAUGAAGUAAAAGCAGCAUCAAAUAGCAGAGUUAAAAUUAUAGUUACAAAGCAGAGGCAAAGAAAGCAAAAGAAAGCUAACGGUACCCUAUAUCUGGGAUGGGGAACCUCAGGCCCAGGAGCUGAAGGAAGAUGCCUCAGGACUCUCUCUUGGCCACAGCCCUUUGCCUCCUGGGCUCCACUCCUCACUGGCUCAGCUCUGCAGCCUCCUCACAUACUUCUCACGGUGUGGAAUGUGUUUGUGGGGUGAAAUAAUGCUGAGAGAGAGACGGGGGGGUGGUGGAUGACCCCUUUUGGAGAAUGAAGGAUAAUAAUACAUGAAUGACUCAUGUUGUGGUUCUUGUUUCAGGCGGGAGCUAUGAGAACAAUGCUGUGUCACCAAACUUUUCUGUCCUUGUUUGGAUGCUGAUCUCCUGGGCAUUUUCAGCAACAUUCUGCAUCUGAGGAAGUGGGAAAGAGUGGCUUCAGCAUCCCUUACAUCCAGAACCACCUGAGCUUGAUUACUUUAUGAGAAUAUAUGCUGCUGUGGGGGGAGGGGAGGAAAUAAGAAUUUGUCAAUAGGUAGAAUAGGCAAAAAAAAUAUUUACCGGUAGUUCAUUUUUUAAAAAAAGUUUACCCUUGUUACUGCCUUUCCCUCAAGGAGACAGAGGUGGCGCACAAGGUUUUUCUCAUUUUGAUCAGCAAAGCAACAUUGCGCUCUAGGAUUGAGAGGCAAUGACCUCUGCAAAUCAGCUGCGUUGAAGGAUUCCUGCCUAAUCCUGAAGACAUGCCUCUUUACCUUUGCUAAUGCAAACAGUUUCCUAUUGCUUCCAUACAAUGCUCCUAGUAGUUGUAUUGCAAACAUUUCCAUACAAGGUAUUGUUAGCACUGUGCUCCAUACAAGGUAUUGUUAGCACUGCAUGAGCUUUGGCACGGUCUGAGAGAUCUCACACAAUUUUGGGCGAGAUCUCUUUGGCAACGGGCAGAAUGUUGUCUGAGAUGGCGCUGCCCCUCUAUUGGCACCACUUCUCCAGCGCAAAGGCGACAGGUAGGGCUGGGCGAUAACUAGUUUUCAAUAUUGUGAUAUGAACAUCGCAAUAUAUUAAUAUAUCGUGAUAUCUGAAAGAUGGAACUACGCAGAGGUGAACAGGACAAUUUCCUGGCAACUCCUACUAUUUAAGAGUCUAAAACUGACAAAUGAUGAUAUUAUCAGUUGUCUCAUGGUCACUUUCUGCAGCAGGCGAGCCAAAAUGCACCCAAAUGAGACUUUGGGUUUGGGGUUUGGCAACCAAAUGGUGGUAAUCAGAACACUCCAAAGUACAGCAGGCCACUGCCAUUACUGCCACCACUUUUCUUUUAUGCAUAUGCUUUAAUUUAUAUUUUAAUUCAGUUGUGCUAUCUUUCUUCUUCUACAAGGGUGCCAACUUGAAUAACAUAUUUGGGCAUCCAGGUAACCCCCGCCCCACCUAAUUGACCACACGACAUUUGAAUGGCAGUGCCCAUAAACUUGCCCCCCCUAAAAUAUUUUAUUGGGGGGGGGCGAAGGGACCUCAGCCCCUAGGACUUGGCUCCUAGGUUCUUGCAUGUUAUUCAAGUGAUUUAUUUUAUUUACAUAUAUAAAACUAGUCAAUCAAUAAAUAAGAAAUGCAUGAAAAAAGAAGACGUCCAUCAGGAUAGAUUGGAUUAAGGCACAGAGCGCCAUUCCGGCAAUCAGCUGCCUAGCUAACACGCCAAAAUCGCCCUCCCCACAACCUCCCCUCACUCCGAUUUAUUCACGUGAGAGUCGCGCUGCACUCUGGACCCCAAAUAUGGGAGCGGAGCCACCUCUAUGGGUUUCCUCGGGAGCAGCGUCCCGGAAUCUUACCCCCGAAGUUUUGGAGCCCAAAAAAAGAAACGAAGGAGAAAGUGAGCGACACGCAGUUCCUUUCGGGGCCGCGGGAGGCAGACGCAAACGCGCGGCGCAACAGAGAUGGCACUUUCGGUUUCGUUUCCAUCCACCCGGGCGGAGCUUUUGCGCACCAGCUGGGCGGGCGGGGAGGGGCGGAGGGGGGCUCGGCAGCGGCUCUCCAGGCCCCACAAUCCCCGCUUUGUGUCCCGGUCCUCGCGCAUCACGCGGGGAGACUCGCGCAAGAGGACAGCGCGGGCUGGGCGUGAGGAGUCCUGCUGCCCUGGGCAGGCUUCGUGUUAGGAGGAGGGACCUCGGACGGAUGGACUUGGCAUCGCCCAUGGGCCCCGAUCCCCCUUCCCUCUUGCAAGCUGGCUCUGGCGUUGAACCGGGAAAGCGCAAGGCGCUCCCCACGCCCGGUCUCCCCGGGUCUCCCCUCUGGCCAAGGAAUCAGGAGGGAGAUGCGCGCCACGGCAGCGCGCUCAGCUGAGCUUCCAGGAACCCUCUGCUCUCCCUCCUGAAGGGCGUCUUGGAACAAAAGGAGGCGCGAUCGUGGGACGCUGAGCUCCGCGUCCAUCCACCUUCAAGGCUGAGAGAUUCUGGCACAGUGCCGGAUCGAGGUAUAAGCUCAACAAGCCAUAGCUCAGGGCCCCACUCUCUUGGGGGGGGCAAAAACUUAAAGGGAAAAAACCCCUGGAUGUACAUUUCCGAAAUAUAAGAUAAAAAACAAAUCAAAUAAAACCUACAUACAGCAACAGCAUUUUGUGUUGUGCAGGCUCCUAUGAUGUAAGUCUUGGGCCCCGCCUGCUCGCCUGCUCCCUCAAAUAUCCCUGGUUUGCUCCUUUCUAUAUAUAGGGUAGGGGACACAGGUGGCGCUGUGGGUUAAACCACAGAGCCUAGGACUUGCCAAUCCGAAGGUUGGAGGUUCAAAUCCCCAAGACGGGGUGAGCUCCCGUUGCUCGGUCCCUGCUCCUGCCAACCUAGCAGUCCCUGCUCCUGCCAACCUAGCAGUUCGAAAGCACGUCAAAGUGCAAGUAGAUAAAUAGGAACCGCUCUGGCGGGAAGGUAAACGGCGUUUCCGUGCGCUGCUCUGGUUCGCCAGAAGCGGCUUAGUCAUGCUGGCCACAUGACCCGGAAGCUGUCUGCAGACAAACACUGGCUCCCUUGGCUCAUAUAGCGAGAUGAGCGCCGCAACCCCAGAGUCAGUCACGACUGGACCAAAUGGUCAGGGGUCCCUUUACCUUUACCUUUAUAUAUAGGGUGCUUACAUUCUGCUAUUUGUAAUUAUUAGUAGUUUGCAUCAUAUAUUUACACCUAUUAUUAUUUCAUUUACACCUAUUAUCAUUUCAUUUACACCUAUUAUUAUUAUUUCAUGUUAUAGCAAGUUUCUAGAGACUAGAUGAUGAGUCUUUGUAAAUUGCGUUUCUAAAGGAACUUUUGUUAUUGCCAAACGCCAGUGUGUUUGCAUUAUUUUGUUAUGAAUAAAAAAUCAUUUUAAGUUAGAGCUUAAUAAUUAUUUCACUAUUAAUAUACUUCUUAAUUGUAUUUCACUAUUAAUAUACUUCUUAAUUGUACUUCAGUUCAACAAUUACUUUGAAAAACCCCCACGUAUUUUGUUAUGUGCAAAUGGCUUGAGAUACCUAUGAGGUCCAUCAGUGACCAUAUAGCAUAUAUUCAGCACAAAAAACAGUGACAAUUUGUUGCUGACAAAGGACAGCUGUACAUAGAAAGGGCCCCAUUACCUUCUGUAGCUGAGGGCCUCAUCAAACCUAAACCCAGCCCUGUUCUGGCACACGCAAAAUGCAUUGUGGGUGGGCAGCUCGUGCCUGGAAAGGGGCCAUUUCCCCAGCCCCCCCUCAAAGUGAGCAUGGGCGUCUUACUGAAAGAUCCGACUUCUGGAGGAGAAAUGCCCCUGUGAGGUGUGGAGUAUGGGCUUGUCUCUGACGCCCUGUUGUCACGCAACUUGCACUUUCCUGCAAGCAGGUCAGACCGAAUGUGUUAUGUACUGAAGUUCUCACCCUGGGCCAGCAGGGGGAUACUGUAGAUAGUUUUCACUCAGGUCCACAUAUGCAAAUAAGGGUUUGAAAGUGACAUUCAGUGAUUGGAUAGUUACAGAAAGUUGCUACAGUUGCAUUGUAGUGGAGCUCUAUAUAAGCAGGCUGGCGGAACCCUUCAGUUCAUUUUUUUUUAAAAAUAAUUUUUAUUAAGGUUUCAAUCAAAAAUUGAACAGAAAAAACAUAAAAAAGAUACACAAAUACACAAUACAAAUCCCAG